AUGUCUAUAGUAAGAGCUGCUACGUGGUCUUUAUCUGUUUUGCUCCGUGGAAUGCCUCCAGUAGAUUUUGAACUGUAUGUUAGUGAGAAAUGGCUUGAUCCUUGUCAGGUAAAGAUUGCCUUACCUGCUCUUCAGCGACUCAUCCAUGCAACCGAUGAAGAUGUUUUAACAGAUACAUGCUGGACUUUGGCUUACCUUUCGGAAGGUCAUAUGGACAAUAUUCAAGCUAUUAUUGAAUUAGGAGUUUGCCCAAAACUUGUGCAACUUCUUCAGUAUCCAUCAGAUGGAGUUAUUCUACCUGCACUUUUGGCUUUAGGAAAUAUUGCUGUUUGUGGUGGGGCUCAUACACAGAUACUACCGUCUUCUAAUUCCAUUGCUACUAAAAAAACUCAGUUGCUGAUCGAUAACCAAUUGCUCCCGUGUCUUCGCCAACUCCUUGAGCGUGAAUACACAAGAUUCAUAUUUAAAGAAGCUAGUUGGAUAAUCGCAUUUAUCACAUCUGGGACUCCAGCUCACGUACAGGUAAGAAAGGCUAAUGGAUCACCGAGUCCAUAUGUUUUUUCUAGAAAGAAUCAAUGUCCAGUGAAGAAGGUUGAUAGAAGAGUUUAA